UGGAGGGUGGCCAAUGGAAACGUCCUGCAGAUGGAUGGGGAAAAGUCACCGGUUAAGGGAGGACCAAAGCAGGCAGCCAAUGAGGCAGUAGCCCCUACAGAGGAGGCAGCGUUUAGAAGGGCUUCCCCCGGGAGGGACAGGGCUGCCCACCCAGCUCUCACUGAAUGCCCCAGGGCACAGGAUGGAGACCUGCCUGAAAGUCCUGCUGCUCGUCGGGGUGGUCACAGCAGCCCCCACGCCCUCAUCGUCCCCUCUGCCAACCCAUGAGGCUGCGGUUUUAGCUGCAGUUGAGAUCUACAACCAAGAGCCAGGCACAACACUGGCCUAUCGGCUCCUGGAAGCUGAGCCGCAGCCAGACUGGGACGUGUCUUCAAAAACUAUCCAAUCGCUGACAUUCACUGUGAAAGAGACAGUGUGCCUGGUAUCAGAGAAACGCAACCCCAACCAGUGUGAAUUCAAAGAAGACGGGCUGGUCAAAGACUGCUCUGGCUUCUUCUCCACUGAACAGGACCCCCCUUCCAUCAUUAUCAAAUGUGAGGAGGCGUCUGAGGAGCCUAAUGUCGUCACAAGGAGUCGCUGGAGACGUUGGCUGAGAAAAGCUGGUAGCUUUCUUCAUCGAAAUCGCUCGAUAUUCUUUGUUGGCUAAGAAGAACCAGAGAGAGAGGAGAUGAAAGCGAACCGCUGCUGCCAGACCCAGCUGUGGCACCAUUUCUCCUCCACUGGAAGCACCAUCGGAAG